AUGUUCUUUGUUACAGAAGAGGAAGAGGAACAGGUGCCUACCGAUGGAGGUACAUCUGCAGAGGCCAUGCAGGUGCCACUGGAAGAAGAGGGAGAUAUGGAAGAGGAUGAGGCAAUUAAUGAUGAGAACUACUUGAGCAAGAGACCGUUAGAAAGUCCUGAGGCUGAGGAAUUUCCACCUGUGAAACGGCCAAAACUAUCUGUUUCCAAAGGGGACACCUUGGACGGAGCUUUGGAACCACGUGAGCCUCUUAGCUCAAUAAAUACUCAAAAAGUACCACCAAUGCUUUCUCCAGUUCAUGUUCAGGACAGUACAGACUUAGCCCCUCCUUCACCAGAACCACCAAUGUUGGCUCCCAUUGCAAAAUCGCAAGUGCCAACCCCCAAAACUUUAGAGGCAAAGCCGUUUGUACCCAAAACAAAGUCCAAAACAAGUUCUCCAGGACAGAAGACAAAAUCACCUAAAACUAUGCCCUCGCCAGUGGUAACUGGAAGUCCCAUACGUUCACCAAAAACUGGAUCCAAAGAAAAAAAGUCACCAGGUCGCGCCAAGAGCCCAAAAAGUCCUAAAAGUCCAAAGGUUCCUGCUCAUGUUCCCCAACCACCUGUGAAGCCUGAAACGCCAAGUAGAACCCCUCUGGCUGCAUUAAGUGACAAGAUAGGAAAGGAAAACAUUCAAGUAAAACAAGGACAGACGCCACCUGAGCCUGCCACCAAGCCAAAUAUUGAAAACCAGACUAAGAAAGUACCAGUAAUGGACAAGACCAUUGAUGAUUCAAUCGAUGCUGUGAUUGCUCGUGCAUGUGCAGAACGAGAACCGGACCCCUUUGAAUUUUCCUCUGGUUCCGAAUCAGAAGGGGAAAUUUUUACCAGUCCUAAAAGACUUUCUAUUUCAGAGACUACGACUCCUAAACCUUCUGUUUCUGCCAAUAAUGCAAAUAAGGCAGGAGCAACUCCAAUACCUCCCUCAGGUGGGACUUCAAGUUCAGACAUUUCAUGGACAAUGGAUGACUCGAUUGAUGAGGUCAUUCGAAAGGCAAACAUGGGGACACCUUCUAAUCCACCUACCAACUUCCCUUAUUUCUCCUCUCCUUCUGCUUCACCGCCAACUCCAGAACCUCUUCUCAAGGUCUAUGAGGAGAAAACCAAGUUGGCUUCAUCGGUAGAAGUGAAAAAGAAAUUGAAAAAGGAGCUGAAGACAAAAAUGAAGAAGAAAGAAAAACAAAAGGAAAAAGAUAAAGAGAAAAACAAGGAGAAAAAUAAGGAGAAGGAAAAGAACAAGGAGAAGGAUAAAGACAAGGAAGGAAACAAGGAAGCGAAAUUUCAGUGGAAGGAACUACUCAAAGAUGAUGAUCUUGAUCCCUACAAAUUCAAGCUAAAGGACUUUGAGGAUACUGACACAAAAGUAAAGUUGAAAGAUGGCAAUACCAAAAAAGAGAGAGAAAAACAUAAAGAUAAAAAGAAAGAGAAAGAGAAAGGUAAAAAAGACAAGGAUAAGAAAGACAAAGAGAAACUUAAAGAUAAGGGUAAGGAAGAUAAGAUAAAGACUCCAUCAGCACCUCUUGUGUUACCUCCCAAAGAAAUGUCUUUGCCCUUGUUCAGCACACCAACUGCCAUGAGGCUCCCCAGCAUGUUACCUUCCUUGUCUCCAAUGCUUCCUGAAAAACUGUUUGAGGACAAAGAGAAACCAAAAGAGAAGAAGAAAGACAAAAAAGAGAAGAAGAAAAAGAAAGAAAGGGAGAAGGACAAAGAAAAGGAAAAGAAGGAGAAGGAAAAGGAGAGGAAAGAAAGAGAAAAGAAAGAGAAAGAAAAAGAGAAACACAAACAUGAAAAGAUAAAGGUGGAACCAGUUGUUCCGGCUCCAUCACCGGUUAUUCCUCGGCUGACAUUAAGAGUGGGCGCAGGCCAAGACAAGAUAGUCAUCAGCAAAGUGGUGCCAGCUCCAGAGGCCAAACCUUCUACUCCUGUAAGCCGGCCCAAAACCCCUCCACCCGUGCCGUCACCAGUACCAGCUCCCGUUCAUGUCACCCCUCCUCCAGCUCCAGCUCCUCCUCCUCCACAGGCUACCGUCUCGCCUGUCCUGAUCCCACCGCCCUCUCCAGCCGUCUCGGCGGCAGGAGGCUCCAAAGCUCCGGUUAGGAGCGUGGUGACCGAGACCGUCAGUACUUACGUGAUCCGAGACGAGUGGGGUAACCAGAUCUGGAUCUGUCCUGGCUGUAACAAGCCAGAUGAUGGCAGUCCAAUGAUAGGUUGUGAUGACUGCGAUGAUUGGUAUCACUGGCCUUGCGUUGGGAUUACGACUGCACCCCCAGAAGAGAUACAAUGGUUCUGCUCCAAGUGUGCCAACAAAAAGAAGGAUAAAAAACACAAGAAGAGGAAGCACAGGGCACACUGAAGACUUUGCAGCGGACUGAAGUCGCGCGGUCGCCGCGGCACCUUCUGCCCUGGCUCCGUCGCAGAGGGGGAUCCAGCCUGCUCGUGUCUCACCCUCCGUCACCGACUGCUGGGGUUGUGACUCUGGAGUGAAUCAGGGGCGAGGAGAUGCUCUCCCUCAGGGGCUGUUGCGUUUCGCAGACCGUCUGAGCCCAGGGGGUUGGAUUUUGGUACAUUCUGAUGCUGUCUUUCACCUACCGAGGGAAAUUUGCACAGAGCGAUAUGAAGACUUCGGUAGUUCAUGGUACCGCUCCUGCUCCUGUGGCUCGGCAGCAACAAAGAUGAAUGUUGUAAAUACAGAUAUCUGUCCUAUUCUUUCUCCAUUUGUUAUUAAACCCUCCUGAACCUUUGCAGUAAGGUGCCGAGAGGAGGAGAAAAUGUAAAUUGCAGUAAGUUGUAAACUGAGGAGACCUUCUGGAAUGAUUUCUGUAGUCUGGAUGCAGUUCAGCCUCUACUCCUGCUGAGCCAGAUAAUCAUAAUGUGGAAAUAAAAAGUGGCUGGUAAAUAUUUUUGUGAUGAGAAUAUAUGAAGCUUUUUUCCUUGAUUUUUAGUACUAACAUAAAAUAAACAUGUUCAAGCUUUUGUGAUA